UGUGGGGUGGCGAGGUGCCGGCCUGCUGGCAGGGCCCUGGGCGCUCCUGCUCUCGCAGACGUUCCUGCGUUGCCGUCCCACACCGGCGGCUUCUGCUUUACCUCCAUCACAGCUCCCUUUGCUCUUGCCUUCAGGCCGCAAGAGCGAGUCUCCUAGAGCUGGCAGAUAAAAUAUCUGUUGUUUUGGAAGAGACAUUGUUCACAGUAAGUGAAGUGUCCAUAAUUUAAAAAAAAAAAGGGGGGGGGAGGAGGAGAUGCAGAACGCUGAAGAGGAUGACAUGACAUGUGGAGACUUGGGGAAUGGACUUGGGAGAAGACCUGGAGGCAUCUAUGAAGUGGAAGAUUUACAAAACUCCUAUCCAUUUAGAUCUAGGAAAGGGUCUGCAAAGGUUUGCAGCACUCUCUUGUCAACAAAGAGAGGGGAAGAAAAUGAUGCUGCGGUUCAUCCCUGUUUAAAACAAAGCAGUUCUUAUGAUGGAUCAUCCAAAAAGCUUGGAGUUGUAGUCACUAGUUGGACCCAACAAAAUAGCUGUGAGUCUAAUUGUGAAGUAUCAAAUAAAGAACUGAAGCAACAACUUCGAGAAGCUCUAGAGGAAAUUGAAAUUUUAAAAGUUGAGCUUGAAGCUUCUCAAAGACAGCUUGAAGGAAAAGAUGAAGCCCUAAGAAUUCUACAGAACGUGGCAGUAUUUAAUAAAGCCACUAGUCAUACAAAAGCAAUGCUUCAAAAAACUGAGGAAGAAAAGAGAGCUUUAGAAAAGGAAAUAAAUACUUUGCAAUGGGAAAUUGAGUUUGAUCAGGAUAGAUUUAAAAACAUAGAAGAGACAUGGACAGAAAAAUAUGACAGGAUACAUUGUGAAAAUGCAGCUCUUAAGGAAACGUUGAAACUGAGAACAGAAGAAGUUAAAACUCUUAAAUCUGAAAAUGCAAUUUUGAAUCAGCAGUGCUUGGAAUUUCUUGCAAUGCUUGAUGUGAAACAACAGAAGGUUAUUCAGGAAAAUAUGUCCUGGAAUAAAAGUGACCUUACAGAUGUUACAGGUCUUGAACUGGCAGUUCUUGGAGCCUGCACCUGCAGUGCUUCUGGAGGGCAACCUUGUUCCUGUGCUAAAAUGUCAGCUGUAACUCGAAAGCAACUUCUUCAGCUCAAGCAAGAGAUUGAACUUCUAAAGAAGAGUAAAGAUGAAGCUUAUAUAAUGGCAGAUGCCUUCAGAAUUGCAUUUGAGCAACAGCUAAUGCAGAGGAAGGACCAGGCCCUGAGGUUUGCAGAAGUGAAUAAGAUUAAAAAGGAAACAAAAUUUAUAAGCUGGAGACGUCUGAAAGAAGAUGGACGUGUCAAGUUGCAAGGAAACAAGAAAAGUCUGGGACAAAAAUUGUCAGGCCUGCUGUCUUCAGGUGUGGACUGUAGGAAAGUUGAAGAACUAGACAAUCCUCAUGAAAUCCUUAAGAUGUUAAUUGAUUUGCUAAAUGACAAAGAAGAGGCUUUGGCUCAUCAGAGAAAAGUUAGUUACAUGCUAGCUCGUGCAAUGGAGAUGAAAGAGGAUGCUUCAGAACAAAAUAAAGAAAAUCACACUCUGAGGAAUCGUCAAUAUAAAGCCUUGCAAUCCCAAGGGUCAGCUGAUCUUGUAUACACGUGCAGCAAAAACCUUGGUUCUCAAAACAGUAUUUUCCCUAUUUCCAAUACAGAAACAUUUGAAAAUUCAGUAAAAAUGCUUCGAAAAUCACAUUCUUGGCCAUCAGAGACUGUGCACUAUGAAGAAAAUGAUUCACAUAGAAAAACAGAUGAAACCGUUGUGAUCUCAAUAUAGUCAUCAGCUGGGAUAAAGUUGUUUUUAAAAAAAUCUUUUGGAAAUGCCUAAAAAUAAAGAAGCCUGCAGAAACUGAGCUCUUUCUUUGUAAAACUUGGAAUUAAAUGCUAAUUAGCACCUAAUUUUGAUUAGCAUCUAAGAAGAAAAAACCUAUUUUAUCAACAUUUCUUUUGGAGAUACUUCAACACUGAUGUUAAAAACAAGCAAGAUGAUUCUCAAAUUGUAAAGCCUUUUCUGUUUUGACAGUUUCCUCUGGCCCUGAGUGCCUUCUGCUGGGACAGUCAUGACAAAUUUUGUCAGAAUUAGGAAAAUGACUUUAAUGUAGAUUAGUGAUUUUUUUCUAUAAGGAAAGGUUAUUCUUUUACUUUUUUUUUUCAUAGUACAACUGAUAACCAAAAUAAAGUUCACUGAGAAAUUAAAGAAUUACCUGUAUUGUUUUCCAUCUUUAGGGUGUACUGAAAAGAAGGUGUACAUAAGGUAUGGAAAGGAAAGUGCUGUAUUAUAUUGAUUUUGUAGUUCCCUAAAAUGACACCAACACUGGACACAUUUCAAAAGACUGUGUAUGUAAGAAAUAGUAGACUGCAAUUUGUAGACUGCAAUAGUAGAGUGAAUUUGGGUGUGAUUUCAGAGAUUGACUAUUUAUAUUUUUCAUACGACUUUUGAUUAUUUACUGAGUCAUUAAAACUAAAGAAAAAUUUUUC